AUGUUUAAUUUAUUCAGACGGUCAACGUGUACAUUUUUACUACAAAAUGUCCGUCAUUAUGAAACGUACACAUCUGUGUUAAAGAAUGGAGUUAGAGUUGCCGUCGAGGAGACGAUCUCGCCCUUAGUUUGCCUUUCGCUCUUUAUACAAACGGGAUCGAGAUUCGAAACGGCAGAAAAUAAUGGCAUCAGCCAUUUCAUAGAGCACAUGGCCUUCAAGGGAUUUGUGUCCAUGAAGAAAAAACAAUUGGAGGAAUGCCUGCAGAGCAUAGGGGGUCAUAUCACUGCCCGAACUACGCGAGAGUACCAGUCGUUCUCCGCACUCGCGCCCGCCCGCUACUCCGCGCAGCUCGUCUACAUCAUGUCACUUAUUGUCACUAAUAUAGAAUUCGCUCAUUGUGACAUUCAAGAAGUGAAAAAAGAUAUCAUAAUGCAAUUGAAGGACCGCGAGGCGUCACCUGAGCAUGUAACAUUCGACUAUUUACAUCAAGCGGCGUUUCAAGAAACACCCUUAGCAUAUAAUGUGAUCGCUCCCCUUACAAACCUAGAAAAUUUCGACGAAAACGAGGCAUGUAGUUUCUUAAAACAACGUUACCAUCCUGAAAAUAUAGUGCUAGCUGCGUCCGGAGGAGUGGCGAAAAUGGAUAUAAUGAGCGAGGCUCAGAAGAGGCUGAGUCACGUGGUCAUGGAGCCGAGCUCCUCGGGGGCGUACGAUGCAUGUCGUUACACGGGCUCCUCGCUGGUGCUCCGCGACGAUUCCAUGCCUUUCGCGCACGUCGCUGUAGCCGUCGAGGUACCCGGCUACGAGGACCCUGAUUACUGGCCCCUCUUCGCAGCGAGUUGCAUUCUCGGUGUUUGGGAGCGGAGUCAGGGCGGCGGCGAGACGAAUGGCUUUAUGUUGUCGCGGGCGGCGGCGAGCGGACUGUGUGAGCUAUAUGAACCGUUCUACAUCGCGUAUCGAGACAUCGGCCUCUGGGGCGUGUACUAUGUUGCCGAGAGAAAUGUUUUGGACGGACUUUUGCACAACGUACAACAUCAGUGGAUGACUUUUUGCACGAGCGUCACCGACGUCGAAGUGCAAAGAGGUAUUAAUUAUGCAAAACUUAAGCUGUCGAAGGAAGUCGAGGGCUGUGUAAGGUCUUGUUACGAUCUCGGCCUUCAGAUAUUGUACAACUGCGCAAGAGCCAGUCUAAGUGACAAGCACAAAGAAAUGAGCCUUGUCAACGUCGACACAAUUAAGAGAAUCGGGCAAAAGUAUAUUUAUGACAAAUGUCCGGUCAUAUCUGCAGUGGGGCCGACCGAGUGUCUAACAGAUUACAGCAGGAUUAGGUCUGAAAUGUAUUGGUUGAGGUAUUGAAACUGGGAGAUCUUCAAAUUUAUAAAUAAAUUAGAU